AUCAAACAAUAUGGCGGACGCGAUGGGAAUCGAAACAGUAUGUUACUUUUCAGGUCUUCCCAACGAAAUUGUUGAAAAGAUAAUGUCUUACUUGUCACCAUAUGGUGACUUAUGUGACGCUAAAUGCGUGUGUCGUUUGUGGUAUCGUUUGAUUUCUAGGAUUUGCAAUCAACGCAUACAAAAUUUUCGAGACGCUGUGAGAAGUGGUAAUUUACGUUUUCAAACAGUGAGCAUAAAGUCAAGAGAAUCACCUUUUCCACGGUUUUCCCACAGUUGUUGUAUCAUAGGAACUAAAAUGUAUAUAUAUGGAGGUUGCUCCUCAUCAAACAAGGCUUUUAAUGAUCUACAUUGUCUUGAUCUAAGGGAAGGGCGGUGGAAGAAGCUUCGUAGUUCAGGAUCUCCUCCUCCUCCGAAAGAAUGUGCAACUGUUGUGGCGUAUGAUAACAGAGAUAUUGUCAUAUUUGGUGGCUGGUGUCAGCCUGCCAGGACAGGAAUCAAUUCUGCAGCAAAAUUUUUUGAUGACUUGUACAUUUUUAACACUCAUAGUCAGACAUGGAGUUCACCUGCUGUUAACCUAAAUGGGCCACGGCCAUGCAAGAGAGCGGGACAUGCAGCUUGUGCCUUGGGUCACAGCAUGGUUGUGUUUGGAGGAGCUCAAAGACAUUUGAGGUCAGACUAUCUUUCAGUUUUAUGACCAGUGCAGUUGUGUGUAAAUUUGGGGGAGAUAGCCGUCGCUUCUUAGUUCAGAUAUCUUAACAAAAGUCAUGUAACUUGGACGCAUCAGGCAGUAUCAGUACUUCUCCGUACUAUUAAAAUGCUGAGUUGCACGAAAACAAUUUUAUUUGCCAUUCCCAUUCACACUUAGUAAGAUUAUUUCAGGCAUCCAGCAACAGCUGUCAACAACUGCAUACAUUCUAUGGUUUUCAGAAUGCAGUAGCAAAUUGUCUGGCUUGUAUUUAAGAGAAAAUAAGUGACCUUUUUUCCUGAUAGCUCUCCUAACUUUAAUCUCUAAAGAGGUGAAGGACCAACAAUGCACAGGUUUUGUCUUUUUAAGUAUAUUUAAUUGGGCCUUCAUUGACUACUGUAAUUUAAUAAGUAAUUUCAUAGGCCUAUGUGGCUUUGGUAUCAAAAGCAUUUUGAAGCCUGCAAUCUUGGUUUACAUUUCUGAAGAAGGUUGUGUGUUUGGUUCCCUGGGCAGCAUUUCUCCUAGGCACUUUUCUUUGGUUCCGUAUUGAUUAAGCAUGCAAUUAGUACCAUCAGAAUAUUGCUUUUUUUAUACUAUACAGUAAAUGUUGCUGCAAGCUCCAGGAAGAGAAGGAGUAGCUGAAAACAAGAUUUUAAAAUGUGUGAGAUGUGAGCCAGGUCACUGUCGCUAAUGCGUUUUUACCUGAACUUGUAAUUUUGUUAGGUUCAAUGAUGUUUGGGUUUUAGACAUGGUAAACAUGACAUGGAGUUGUCCCAGCAUAAGAGGAAAAAAACCAUCUGGAAGAUUUGGCCAUUCACAGGUAUUUCAAUGCCUCAAGCUGAUGUACUCCAAGAAAAAUUUUUUGCCUGCUUGUAAUGCAAUACAGUGGAUUUUUUUUCUUAAUUUACCUUUUCAGUAACAAAAUCACAGUAUUUAUCAUUAUUGGAGUAAUAAUCUUAUUUAUUGUAUGGACCAAGUGUUUUAUCAUAAAAUACACCACUCAUAAACAAAAUUCUAGGACCUUAGCAGCAAGUUUUCUGUAUCCUCACUAGUAAGGUUAUCAACAAUAUCACUAGCACUGAUAAUUUCUAAGGAACAAGAUAUACCUAAGGAAAAAACAAAUACAGUUUAAAAUUAUUGAAAAGUAAAGAAUAUUGUUUAAGAAAAAAAACUCCAAAAUAAUUAAGGAUAACAAUGACACUUCAGCCUUGCAAAAGUACCAGAAAUAUUCCCCUGUUUACCAAUAACAAGAGGAGGAAAUAAAUUUUUUUAAUUUGGGUCAGGAAAAGGGUGCAGUAGAAUAAAAGGGAGCAAACUGCUUCUAGUGGGAAUUCCAAAGGCCAGUAAAAAGUUAUUGCAUUAGCCUUUUUUUGAUAGCUUUUGCUUUACAAUGCUCAAAUUGUUGGAUGAUUUAAGGUGCUGUGUGGCCAGCCAAAUGCUAACCAUUGGGUAUAGUUUAUGGAGAGUAUUAAGUGUUGUACCUUAAAGCAAUUUCAUCUUUUUCACUCAAUCUCUAUACUUGUUCUCAAAAUAUCAUAUUAAUUUACCAUUUUGUAUCUUUGUGUUUGGGCUUGUGUUAUCUCUUUAUAUAGGUUAAAAUCUUUUUAAGCUUUGAAAAAAAAAUGAAUUUUGACUUGGUUUGAUCUUCUUUAGAUGGUGUUAGAUGAUCACACAGUACUUAUGAUUGGUGGAUGUGGUGGACCAAACUUGGUGAGAACCAAAUGCUAAUUGGUAUAGUUUCAUAGUAUUUACAAUAUUUCUUUAGAAAAAACUUCACAUAAGUUGAAAAAUUAAAUCUAUCAAGAAAUUGAAUUAGUAGAUUUUUGAUCAUUGGAAACCCAUCUUGAUGACCUUAAAAUGAGACUUGUUUAAUUAAUUUAACAUUAAUUUAGAGGCUGUUGGCACCUAUCAUUACUGUGUUGGUUUUGUGUGGCUCUAUUCUUAAAUUUAAGCAAAUAGGCAGAAGUCUCUUUAAGUAUCCAACUGCACAAAGUAGAGUAUAAUAAUGUGUAAAGAGAGUACAAAUAUCCUGCAAUAUUGUAUGGUUAUUUGGACUGUUGGUUAUUUUGUACUGUAAAAAUCCUGUUUAACCAGUUGGCUGUGUAUUCUAUGCUUCUCAAUUUGCUUUGCUUUUCCUGCCUUAUGAGAAAUGAACAGAGAGACUUAGCUUGAAAAAAGUAGUCAGAUAAUAAAAAACUUAUUAGACAUUUUGGUAUGUAGUGUCACUUGGCAUUUUGACUUGUUGUUUGUAUUUUGACUCACCCUACAGUCUUGCAAAAUACAACACAACUCGUAAAGAUACUCAGCAAUACUACACACCAAAACGUCUAAUAUGAUGCAUUUAUUUUCCAAUUUUCUGCUUGGAAAGUAUUUCCCAAACCUUGUAAGCAGCUUGAGCCUUCAGUAACAUGUACCUCCAUUACCAUCAACUUUCCCUUGGGGGCUACACAACUUGAGAAUAAAUUUCAUGAGAGCUAUCAAUAAUGGUUAAGAAUAUGAGACCUAGAAGCUGUUUUGUAACAUUUUUGGUUUAUUUUCAGCCCACAUAAGUUGUAUUUAUUUAUUUGUGCACUUGUUAAUAAUGUGCUUCAAGUUGAAGAGAUAUUUUUUUACUUUGAGUAGUCCAUUGAAGUCAAUUGUGAUAGUGUUUGUUUAUAAGGUUCAUUUUUCCAUUUUAGUUAUUUGGGGAUGUUUGGAUUCUGGACACAAAUGAAUGGAUCUGGCAAGAGUUGGAAGUGAAGAACCGUCAGUGGGAAGCUCCCCAGUUAUGGUGUCAUCCUGCAGUCUACAUCAAGGACACAGUUCUUGUGUUUAGUGUACCUCGCCAUCAAGGACAUGUACUCUCUCCUGAAGGCAGUCUUGGAGCUGGGCAGAGGCCAGGUCUUGACGGAUUUUUGCCCAUGCAAACAUUUGUUUUAGACUGUAGUCAAAUACGCUCACAUUUUUCAUGUUCUUGGAAACCUCCUCCAGAAAUGCAGUGCUCUCUUCCUGCUACUUCUUUACAUUCUGUUGUGGUUGCUAGAGGGGAGAUUAUUAUCUUUGGUGGCAUGUUCACAAGAUGGUCAGAGUCUAGUCCAGAGACAAGCAGUAAUCUUGUAACUAUUUCUGCUACUAUCUAA